GUUACGGCUUUUGUUGGUGUAACCUAAUUUUUACUUAAUUUGUCAAAAUUAUUAUUAAGAUUUCAAAUUUCAUUUCUCUAAAUUAUAUAAAUGUCAUGACUUUGAAGACGAAGGCUUAUUGCUCUCAUCAUCACGUACAGGCCUCUCUCUCUCUCUCUCUCUCUCUCUCGUUCUUGAAUCUUCCUGGCGGGAACGGACGCAUCAGAUAAGCCUUUCCAGCCAAGCAACCUUCAAUAGAAGGUAGUUAGCCUUACUAUAAUUAGUUUGGGUUCUCCCUGCCGCCCUCUAAUUCCAGCCGUUGAUUGGACACUCUAUCCUGUUAUGAAGUUUGGCGGUGAUUUUCUCUUCUCUUUUCCUCCUCGUCAAUGGAAUUUUCUUCAUCAUGCUCUGCUAUCGCUCUCUCUAUUGACUAGUAGCGAUUUCAGUUUGAAGAGCAAAUCUAAUGGGGAAAGAUAAUGAUACUAAAUGUGCAUUUCGUUUAACAAGUCUUCAAAUUGGGGAUUUGCAGUCCUAUCUUUCAGAUCUUUGCCUCUUUCUGGCAUUUGAAAGUAAGAAAAUCUACAUUUUGGUGGACAACCGACCAUGGCUGGUGAGCCAAGAUUCACGGCCAACACACCUGUGGCAACUGAUGGUUACCAAGUCCAGGCUAUCUCCAUUUGCAAACACUAAAGCACGGAGGCAAAGGAAGGAGGGAAAGGACAGUUGUACCACACCUGGUGCUAUUAAAUCAGAAAAGGUUAAGAGGUGGUUUUCAUUAAUUGAUGCUGUAACUCUGUCCCAAAAGAGGGCUUUGCUACCUGUUAAGACGUUUGGUCGCCAUUUGCUCUUAAUCAGCGAGUUACAUAGGACCUUGUAUGGUUUUAUUGUAUUUGAAGUUUCAUGGACUGAUGUUAGAGGCAUUAACUAUUAUAAUGAACUUCAGACUGAUACCUCCUUGGCCAUAGAAGCUAAAUUUAUGCGAAGAUGGGAAUUUGAUAGCAUAGCUCAAGCUGCAACUUGUAUAUCGUCGUGGUUCUCAGGGAAACACUCUGAACAUCUGCAACUGAGAGAUUAUUUAUAUUCUGCCAUAGGAGAGAUCUUCUAUGAUGCUGAAGAAGAUUUCUGGGGGGCUACCCCAAAAGAUGAUGAUGAAAACAUUUGCAGUGAAAACCAAUAUGGCGAAGAUACUUCUACACAGUGCAUCACUAGCAUGUUUAGUGCAUAUGCUGUAACUACAGAAAGUAGAACAAGUGAGCCGCUCUCUCCUCCCCUAACUGAACCUUAUAAGAGAAGAAAAGUGAUGAAGUGCAAUGGUGAUGAAUUCGAAGUUGAAGACUUAUUAUGCAACUCUGAGACUUGUACUGAGUGUGACAUUGCAGCCAAAGCUACCCAGUACCGUGAUGUUCUGAUUUUGUUUAGGUUCAAUGAUCCUCACCUCCCAUUCAAAUUAAGGAAAAUCAUAAUGUCUGAUCUGCGCUUACUUACCCUACUAGAGGCUGGGCUUCCAUCUUGGGUAAUAUUUCUCCAAUCGUAUCCAGGAUUUUGCCAUCUCUAUCGCCCCUGGAUGUGCCCUCUUGCUCGAGCUUUAUAUGUGCUGAUCUCAGCUGUCACUGUUCUAAUAGGUUUUUAUGAUUUAUACAAAAAUGUCCCUGUUCUCAAAGCUGCUGCUUCACGUUUCUGUGGGCCUCUGUUGGAUUGGAUAGAAACUUGGGACAUGGUAUCAAGAAUCAAAUACUUAGGAACAAUGCUAUUUCUGCAAAACUUUCAGAAGGCUGUUCAAUGGUUUUUGGCGAUUACACGCACCAUUCGAUCUUUUUUUCUAUUUGUUACAUUACCAAUGGCAGAACCUUUAAUGGAGGUUUUAAACUUCCUUCUCCCAUUGUGGAAUGCACUUGUUCAAGUGGUGGAGAGUUCCUGUUCGAUUAUUUGGGUUUUAAUAGGCUCUUCUUGCAGUCUAAUUGGGGACCUGAUGGAGAUUGUGUUGUUGCCUAUUUGGUUAAUCAUCUCCUUCAUUUGGAAUAUUGCAAAUUUUGUUCUAUGUCCAAUAUUUUGGAUGCUUUGGGAAAUGCUUUUUGUCCCGAUUCGCCUGGUCCUUGCGCUAGCUAGUUUCAUGGCUUUCAUUUUUGCUGGCAUAUUUGAAUUGCUUGCUGAUAUAUGGCGGGCUGUAAGUGGCAUAUUCCAGCUUUCCUCGGCUUCAAAGGCUACAGUUAGCACAUAUGAGGUUUCCAUGUGGCGUUCACUUUGGAAUGACUUAUUCUCCCAGGUUUUUCGUGCUUUGAGAAGCAUAUUAAAUGGUUUUGUUGCCUUCUUCAUGGCCUGCAACAGGCAUCGUCUCAGCAUCUAUAAUCAUAUACAGGAAUUCAUCCAAAGACUGCUUGGACAAACCCAGAGACCCCAACCCUCAGAUCUGAAGCAGAGUAACAAACAAGUAAAGCUCAAAGUUUGUCUGAAGGAAACUCUACAAGAAGUGAGGUCCUAAUCUUUUGAGGUUUUAAUAGAAGCGAAACUAUGUCUCCAGUUCAACAGAGAAUUGCGUCCCAGUACAUAAUACCUUUCAGAAACAAAACUAAAGGUCAAUACUUAAUACUAACUUAGACAACAAAUGGAAGAAGAGGGGAUAUGCCUGACAAUCCCAACAUUUUCUUCAAAACCAUCAUCAUAGGAAGAGCCUUUUUCUCAUUUUGGUGCACGUCUAGCUAAUCUGUAAUUUUCAUUUUCUUUUAUUUUGUUAUGUAAAUAAUAUGUACAGGAAGCAAUUUUUUUUUUUUAAUCAAUGGUCUUGAAUGGCUGAUUAGUCC